UUGCCAGAGGCAGGCUUUGACUGGGAGGCACUUACCUAAGCGUCUCUCAGCCAGCAGCCCUGCAGCACCCUAAGGCAGGCUGGGCUGUCUCCCAGGCCAAUUUCUCAGUUCCUAUUGGCUGGAUGUUUUUGGCCAAUAGGAGAGCAGGUUGGCUGGGGCCAGUUCCUAUUGGACGGUUGUUUCCAGCCAAUGGGAGCUGAGGGUUGGGCUGGGGUGAGGGAGAUCACAUCAAGCUGCCUUCUCCCUCCAAAGCAGAGAGCCACACAGACCAUCACUCUGCUUAAAACAGCAUUGGCUGUGUGCUUGAGGGUUCUGGCAAGGUGGUUGGUGGGCUGGAUUCAGCCUGUGAGAAAUAUCUUAGCCACCCCUGUUUUAUGCCUUCUAAGCUUCCUCUCAGCAUGCCUGUAUAUUUCUGAUGUUCUUGGCUGUUUUUCUUAACUUAAUUUCAGUGAUCCUGCAUGUCUCUUCAGAAACCACUGAUUGCCUGUCUCUCACUUCUGGGCUUGAAAAUCUACUAAACUUUUAUUUAACCAGAUUAAACAAUUGCAUUCAAUAACCUUUUUCUUGCUUCACUAAGGACGUCUGAUAAAAGACCAGCAGUACCUCCCUUCCCAAAUACCCCUCUGAUCCUGCUGCUCCUUUCAGAAGCCUACCUGAGGAUACUUCAACUUCAGGGAGUUCCAAAUGUGCCAAAUUGAUGGAGCUUUCAGCUAGCUGGCCAAGCCUCUAUGUCUCCAUGCAUCCACAGUCAUCCGGGUUUUUUAUUCAUCCCACAGCAUACCUCAUCAUGCAGUUUUGCUUAACAGUUGUCCUAUAACAGCAUUUCAUGCCAAACAAUUUUAAAUUAGCAUAUGCACUUCUCUGCACCAAUCAACAUGGCUUUAUACAACAUUGAUCUUCUCAACCCAACUUUUUUUAUGAUAUUACAAACUUGCUUAAGGGUAGUGUUUGUGUAAUUUACUUAGAUUCCAUUAAGGUAUUUCAGUUGUUACUGUGCUACAAUUUGAUUAAGGAACUAGAUUGAUAUAAAAUCAACAUGGCAUAUGUUAAAUGGAUUAAAAACUGACAACAUUAUAGGACUUGCUAUAACUGUACAUAGGAAUCCUCACUGAGUAGGUGUGUUUCUAGUGGGCUUCUACAAAGAUUGGUUCUUGGUCAUAUGCUAUUUAACAUUUUUAUGAAAGACCUGAAAAAAGCAGUUAUUGCAAGUUUACAGAUAACAUAAAUUGGUGGAGUGGUAAAUAAUGAGGACAAGUCAUUAAUUUAGAAUCAUUGGACUUGCUUUGUAAAGUGGGCACAAGCAAAUAUGCAUUUUAAUACAGUUAAACAUAAUUUUAUACACACAGGAACAAAAAAGGUACAGUCAUACUUCCAGGAUGGAGGGGCUGUCUUUGGAAGCAAUACCGCUGAAAAGCAUUUGGGGGCUGUGGUGGAUAACUAGCUGAAUCCACGGCGGGAGCCAUAAGGGAAUAAUACAAUCUUUGGAUGUACAAAGGGAAUGUUGAGCAGAGGGCUUAUUUUACCUUUGUAUUUGACAUUGGUGAGCUGCUAUUGGAACAGUGAAUCCAGCUUCAGUGUCCACAAUUCAAGAAGAAUAUUGAUGAGCUGGAAUGGGUUUGGAGAAGAGCCAUGAGAAUGACUAUAAGAUUGGCUCUCAGGCUGAAUUUUCCAACCAAGAUUGCAGAACCUGUAGUGCUUCCUCUGUUAGAAUUUGCAUGGCAUGAAUAUUUACAGGAGAAAAAAAAGGAACUGAAAGGUGAAACAUGGGAGUAUCCCUCCAAUGUGAUGUGUUUUAUUGAUGGUCAACUUCUGGGAAGUGAAAAAGAACUGCUCAAAUGGGCUUAUGAUAAGUGGAACUAUCAAGAUUUUAAACCUGUGGCACUUUACCAAGCUAUAACUGAGGAUUUUUGCACCAAACACAUGCAAAAUAGCAAGCAUGUAUUUGUGUACAUGGACAUAGCUGUUCAGGAGCAGCCCAUUGGCACUUUGUUAUUUGAGCUGUAUUCUGAUAUGUGCCCCAAAACCUGUGAGAACUUUCGCUCUUUGUGUACAGGAGAAGCAGGGACCUCAUGUAGUGGUCUGAAGCUUACUUAUAAAGAGUCAAUUUUUCAUCGGUUAGUAAAAAACGGAUGGAUACAAGGAGGAGAUAUAACAGCUGGAAGAGGAGAUGGUGGUGAGUCAAUUUAUGGACCCACUUUUGAAGAUGAAAACUUUUCCAUUCCUCAUGAAAAAAGAGGGAUUCUUGGAAUGGCCAACAAGGGACGUCACAGCAAUGGUUCGCAGUUUUAUAUCACACUCCAGCCAGCUCCUUAUUUGGAUAAAAAAUAUGUGGCUUUUGGACAGCUAAUUGAAGGUACAGAAGUUCUUCAGAAACUAGAAGAUGUAUCUACGUACAAUGAAAGGCCUGUAGUAGAAUGUAAAAUUAUUAACUGCGGUGUUAUUGUGCCUUGAUUACAAGCCAAUUUCCCUUCCUACAGUAAUGUAUAACAAUGUAUAUAUUUUCUGACUGGCCUUUUAUAGAUUUAAGGCUUUUUAAAAAAUCUAAAAUAGCAUUUUUAUAUAUCUAAACUUUACCGCUUGAUUUGUUUUUUAAUAUAUCCAUGGCUUGUUCACACACAAAUUCUUACAUGAGUAUACUAGUGGGCUUGGGAAUUUAGCCUGAUGCCAUUAUUAAGAUAUACAAUUAUUGUGUUAAUGUGGAUGUCCAGUGAGCAAUUACAUUUCUGCAGGCUACACUAUAAAUAAUUCUAUUAAAUAGAAUAUCUAUUAACAUUACUUAAUAAAUGAAGUCACGAUUGAUUGUGAUACAUGUACACAAUUAUUUACUUUUGGCCCAAUUCUGCCAUUCUUGAGUCACACUGUCAUAUCUUACUCCACUGGAAGUAAUAUUAAAAUCAGUGCUUUUGGGGUAAGGUGUAGAAGUCAACAUAAUAGUGGUACUGGGUGUUCUCUGAACAUCAGAGGUCUGAUCUCCCUUUUGCCAAUAUGAACCAAGAGUAACUCCUCUAAAAUCAACAGAUACACAACAGAAUAAAACUAGUGUACAGGCCCUAGACAUAUAUUUAAUUAUUUUGUUUACAGAUUGUAUCAAUUAAGAUAUUUUAACACAGAAGAACCCAUUAAAAUGCACAAAUUACUCUAAAACAAGACAUUUUUAACUAUAUGCUACAAGAAAUCCAUGAGAUUUUGCAAAAUGAACAGCAAUGAGUAAAUGUGGAUUCAAUGAGUGUGGAAAUUCCACAUAAAGAAGUCAAUGUUUAUAAAUGCUGUAAAAACACUCUCAUGUAUGACUCAUGAGACUAAACAUACAACUUGUUGCCAAUUGCCAUGGUAAUAGUUUGAUGAAAGAUCUUUAAGCAUAGCACAGAAGUAGUGACAGCAGAUGGUUUCAGCAGAAGCUGGCAAAUGGAUGGCAAGAGUGUGGAAAAAUGAAAAAGCGUCCCAGAAUCUCAAGCAAAAUAAUCCACAACAAUUAAAAUCUCCUUAAUACAUCUGCAAAUAGCAAAAGAAUCUUAAGUUUUAUUUUACUCUCCUAUGUAAAGCACUCUGAACUUGACAGAGGAAAAGUUCUAAGAGCUAACUAUAACACUGACUGUUCUGUGGUAGCAUUUGGAUUCUGGCAUUCAGAACCAAUAAGAUUUCACACUGUAACUUAACUAUAUAAUUAUUAUCUUUAUUGCUUACUUCUAUGGCAACAUUGAAAUGGACCAGUUAAUGAAUUUUCUACUUAAAAGAAAAACGACUAGAAAGUUAUUUGUUAAAGGGAUUUUGUUUCUCUUCAGUAACAAGAUAUGGCUAUUAAGCACAUUUUUCCUUUGCAAAACUACAUUAAUUCCAUUAGUAGAAAGUACUCACGGGACUGUCUCACUAUGGCUGGCACAUUUAAGAGGGAAGUGUUCAGUUCAGCUAUCUGUUAAUGCCCUCCCACUCCUGAUGACUCCUGAUAGACGGUACCUCUCCUCUACGAAGAUUCAGUUAACAAAGCGUUUCCGGAAAAUCAUGCCAAUCUAGACGCAGCCAUUGGGUCAUUUCAAGAGGUUUCCUGUCUUAGGUUUCCAAAUUUAAAAGGAGUGAAUGGUGGGGAUGUAUUCUGUACAUUAGAGUUUUAAAAACAUUUAUUUGAUUGGACUCUCUCGGAAUAAGUCAUAUCGCUGUCACAGCUAUGAGCCCUGACCUAGGGAUGUCAAGUAGCAAUUAAUUUACUACUCCAGUAGUCAAUGGAAUUUCUAUCAGAUAGCAGCAGCAAGCGAGGAGGGGGAAGCAACUAAUAGACUAGCCUGUCAACUAGUCCAUUCACAUCCCUACCCUGACCCUGCUGACCAUGUUGCAAGGCUUUCCCCUUUCCACCCGGAGCUGAUGGGUCUGCCGGAGCAGCUCCUUGAAACAAUGCUGCUGGGGGUACAUAAAGAGGC